UAAAAAGCGCCGUGUACGAAUAUUUUUUGCAUUCUUAAGUUACUCUAACAAAAGUAAAAAUGUUCGUCUAUUUACUAACUAUUUGCCUUUUCUCUUCGUUUGCUUCGUUGGACGCGAGGGAAAUACCGGAAAGUCCUCGCGUUUGGAAGAAGCAGGUUCCUGCUGGGAUAAAAACGUUCUUUAUUGCUUCACACACGGAGAACGGAACAUACGGAAUUGAAGCAUGCAAAAAUAGUGGAUUGGAAUUGGCAUCAAUAGACAGCAAAGAAGAAAACGAUAUACUUGUUCAGGAAAUUUCAGGUCUAUUUGGAUCAACUCUUACAUAUUGGACGGCGGGAAAAUUCACGGAUCAGGGUAAGUGGGUUUGGAUAACAACGGGAAAAGAAAUGACCUUUUCCGAUUGGAGCGAAAACCAGCCGAAUUUCGACGAUUAUCCCGAUGAAUUGUGCGUCGGGAUGCAGUUCGAACAUAACAAGAAAGGACACUGGUUGACCACCUCGUGCAAAUGGCACAGGGGAAUAAUUUGCCAAAAGAUUACAACUGAAUAAAUAUUUUUAAAAUCUGUUCGUUUUCUAUAAAAUAUA